AUGGAGAAGGGUUUGGAGCAUGGUGUUGAUUCUAGCUCUGUUGCUACUUUAGCAGAGUAUUCAAAACCAUUGAUUGACUAUCUACAAAACCUUCCAGAGAAUGAAAAGGUUAUUUUGGUUGGUCACAGUAGUGGUGGUGCCUGUGUUUCUUAUGCACUGGAGCACUUUCCGCAAAAAAUUUCAAAAGCAAUAUUCAUCUGUGCCACUAUGGUGUCUAAUGAUCAGAGACCCUUUGACGUAUUUGCUGAAGAGCUUGGUUCUGCUGAAGAUUUUAUGCAACAAUCAACGUUUAUGAUUCAUGGAAAUGGAAAAGACCAGCCUCCUACAGGAUUUAUGUUUGAGAAAGAACAGAUGAAAGGGUUAUAUUUCAAUCAAUCUCCUGCAAAGGUAUGA